AUGACACUUGCUUGGCUCAGAGAAGCAGCGCUCGUGGCCGCCCAUGCGCAGCAAGAACUCGAGAGGAGCACGAAGGACGACGUGAAGCCGACACGCUUGGAUCUCUCCUCGCAGAAGCAGUUCUCGCACAUCUCGUGGCAGCGCAUAGACGACAUCGGUGGGGGCCUGUUCAUCUGUGGGGCAGCUGCUUUGGACAACAAGGCAGAGCUCAGCAGGUUGGGCGUAGGCUGCAUCCUGAACUGUGGUGGUGAGGACAUCUAUACACGGUCCUACAACUGUGCAGAUGGCACACCCCUCAGCAAGCGCCUCCAGGGCUUCCAAGUGGAGGUUCUCGAUGCAGAGGAUGUUGAGCAGCAGGACAUGCGUACAGCAUGGCAGAAGGCGGCCAGCAUCAUCGACCAGGCCUUGCGACGAGGCGACGGCGUUGUUGUCCACUGUGCCCAGGGGGUGAGCCGCUCGAGCAGCACUUGUAUUGCGUACCUCAUGAUGAAAGAGAAUCUUCCAUUGGAAGGGGCGUUCCGCCGUGUUUUCCAGGCGACUUUGAGAGAACCAGCAGGCGUCCGUGGCAGCCAGCUGCACAGCUUGAUCCAGCUGGGCAGGCCAUGGAACGUCUGGAUGCAGAGCUUGCAGAAAGGCGGAGUGACUUGGCAGCUGGAUGGUUCUGAGAAAAUGCUCUGGCCUCGUCCAUCUUGGCAUGACAAAAUGCAGCUGGAGGGCAAGGCCGCGGAGCAACGAGAUCGACCUGCUUUUGUAAAUGUGGUGUACAAACACAACUGGCCAGCCCUGCUCUGCCUAGGUUUCGUCCGGAGAGGUGAAUUCGGCAGGGCCCACACGCUGGCGAUUGGAGCUUGGCGCCCAAGGACGCUGUGGGGCGCCCCGCGGCUGGUGGUCCGUGACGAGCUCGGGGAAGAACUCGUCUUGGAAGGUGAUGACAGAGGACCGACUGCAGACUGGGUUGCGGAGUGGCUGCCGGAGAGGCCCGGUCCAUACGAAGUUUUUGUGCUCUACCCCGGUGUCGGGGAGAAGGAGGAGAUGCUUGAUAUAGCUGCCCCGAGCUGGCAACUUGUGGCAGCUUGGACUGGUAGGUGGAGCCAGUUUUGCGCCGCUGCAGCCGUUACUUUCCUUCGCAGUCAGUUUUACGCGGUCGAGUCAUGUCCACGUGCCGGUGCUGGAUCUGAGGGUGCACGCGUCAAGGGGCAGCACCUCCCGUGUCGCUCUGUCGUCCAGCUCACCGCUCUCUCGCGACUCGCCGGUCCCAUCGAGCGCUGGCCGGAGACACUGGCACCGCAGGCGAAGGCAUCGGCAGAGGUGCAGCAGAGCGCUGGCGACGCAACCCGCUUCCCUUACACCGAGGGUGGGUUGAGAAGCAGCCGAGCAGCUGUCUACUGGGCGUGGUUCCAGCUGGCCAUUGGCCAGAGGCUUGCAGCUGCCGCCACCGCCUCCAAAAUUUCCGUUUCCGAUGUUCUUUCGGAUCCCAGUGCGGCAGGCAUCAUCCGCUUUGCUGAGAAGCUGGGAACCGCCUUCCGCUUCUUCGAUGCUCUGCAGCUGGUACGUGAAAGCGGAAGCUGCUAUGCGCUGGACGACCAGGGAGAUGUCGAUCCCUCGCUCAUGGAGUCACCACCGGCCGACAGGGUUGGGAGGUUUCAGACGGUGCAGAAGUCGGUUGAACGACUCGAGGAAAUGGGGCUCCUCUCUGCCAUAGACAUCGUGCUGAACCACUCUGCAGGCAGUGCGCCAUGGCUCUUGGAGCACCCGGAGUCCGCCUACAGUGUGCACACUUGCCCCCAUCUGACGGCUGCCGCGGAGCUGGACCUCAAGCUGGCAUGGUUCUCCAAUGAGCUCAAGACUGGCAACUUUGGCGGUCCUCAAAUUCAGAACCACGGCGAUGUCGAACGUGUUCUCGGUGGCAUCCGACAGCAUGUCUUGGGAGCGUUGAACAUACGAGAGUUUUUCCGUGUCGACGAGGCAGCAAGCUUGCAGGCAUGGACUGCUGCCGAACAGACAAGCGACAGGAUUCCGCACCAAGAGUGUUACGAGGCUCUAAGGAACAGUCUUCUUCCAACCCUGGGGCACAAACGCAGCGGUGCCGUGAUCCCUGGUGACGUGUCACGAGCCUGUUGCGCUGACUUGGGCAGCCUCAAGAGCCACAUCGCCCGCCUUCAGCAGGACCUUGGGAAUCACUACGCGGCCUUGGAAGGUGAUGUGCUCAAUUCACUUCGAGGGGCCAUUACCCACGAAAGGCUGGAGAUGCGCAAGGGCCCCGUGGGCGAUGGCAACAUGGCCCUGGUGGAGCCCUACUUUCGCCGUAUUAAGCUGACCCCAAGUGCAGCACAGCGGCUUGGGUACGACACCGACAUUGUAGCACACAAUGGCUGGGUUAUGGAUUGGCCAGCCACGGAGGACUUUGCCAUGCCUUCCUGGCGGAUGGUGUACUUGCGCCGGCACCUGUGUGUGUGGACUGACACGGUGAAGCUAUACUACGGCCAGUGCCGGGAGGACGCUGCAUUCCUGUGGGACUUCAUGACAGACUACGCGGUGGGAAUGGCGAAGAUGUUCCAUGCCGUUCGUUUGGACAAUGCGCACUCAACUCCGCUACAUGUUAGUCGGCACGUCCUGUCCCGUGUUCGCGAGGCCAAUCCCCACUGCUGGGUCUUUGCCGAGCUGUUUACGGGGAACUUCAAAACAGAUCUCCUGUACCAGCGGACUCUCGGCAUCAAUGCGCUGAUCCGUGAGGCCAUGCAGUGCGACAGCCCUCAUGAUCUUGGCUACAAGCUGGAGAGCCCGCUGUGGAACGGCCAUCCGGUCGGAGCCCUGUCGCCAGUUCCGACGCUGGACCGAGCUGCACCUACCGCCGAACAGAAACACUUCAGCAAGUGCCCAUCGCGAUCCCUGCUCGCUGCACCAGCACGAGAGGCACUGCCCCUUCUCCCACGCCACUGUCCUGCGCUCCUCUUCGAUUGUACUCACGACAACCAGACACCUGCACAAAAGCGUCAUCCAAGGGAUGCUUUGCCGAACGCGGCCAUUGUUGCGGCCAGCUGUGCGAGCGCCGGCAGUGUCCGUGGCUAUGACGACCUGUUCCCUGCGAAUCCGUCGGUGGUGAGUGAGCGCAGGCUGUACGCGCAGUCGCCCCAUGCCGAUGCAGUGGACAUAAAUGGUCUCGAGCUCGCAGCAGAGGCUUCCCGGGCAGAUGCGCCCGAGUUCGAGAAGGAGUUCGACAUCAUUUGGCAUGAAGCCGCCUCGAAAGUCGUUGCGCGCGGUGCGUGGGACGGCUGGCGGGAGGACCUGACCUUCCAGAGGACGUCAAACGGACAGUGGAGUGCGAAGUUGAAAGUGGAGGUUAGCAAGCUGCCCUUGCAGUACAAGUUCAUUGUCGAUGACACCUGGACGAUCAACAGGAAGCUGCCCCUAGCCCAGGACGAACACCACAAUGAGAACAACGUGUUAAGUAUACCGGGUGCAGCUCCAACCUCGGAGAGUCCCAUCUCUGGGCCGGAUGUGUUGGUCAACAACCUUCCCGGCAUUCUGCUGGUUAAACAGGUUCUCAACAGGCUCCACACCCGUCUCGGUCGUGAUGGAUACACGGAAAUCAGCGUUCACUUCUUAGCUGACGACACGCUGGCGAUCGAAAGGCGGUCACCGGACAACGGACACUCGGUCUGGUUUGUUGUGCGCUCUGCUUUCUGGAGAAACCGCAUGGGUGACGGCUUGCCUGCAGGCACUCAAGAGUUGGAGGUGGACGGAACCAUCGCGCACUUGCACGUCGCAGCAACUCUGUUUGUCGGAGAUCAGCAUGAGAAUGGCUAUCGUCCUGACAGCGAGCUGAUUACAGGAAUGGAGUGCUAUCUGCACGUCUACGGCUCUGUCCACGAAGUCGCAACUGUGUGGACACAGGGAAGCAAUUCUCGCCUCCGCCUGCAUCGAUUCCCUCCUGGCAGUGUUCUCGUGUUCGGCACGGAUGUCUCAAAGACGCAAGCACGGCAGAAGGCCGUGAUGAACUUGUUGGCCGCCGAACAAAUCUCGAGACCUUUGCAAGGUCUGGGCUUGCAUCAGCUCAACUACUUGCUGUAUUCCUGCGAGGCCGAAGAAAGGGAUCGCUCGGACGGCGAGCGAGGUGCCUACGAUAUUCCUGGCUUUGGUCCGUUUGCUUACUGCGGCAUUAUGGGAAUCUGCGCAGCCUUGGAUGAGGCCAGGAGGCAGCACACGGAGUCUGAACUCCUCACAAGUCCCGUCUUGGAGAACGUCCGGCAGGGUGAUUGGCUAAUCGCCUGUUUGACCCAGCGUCUUGUACACAUGCCCGGGCUCGAUAUGGUGAAGGAGUGGUUGGAGAAGGCUGCUGCAAUCCUCCACAGCUGCCCUCGGAAGCUUGCCCCGUUCUAUUUCGACCUCCUUGUGCCGGGGCUUUGUGCUGCAGCCAGCAAGGAGCUUCUGGAUGUGUCCUCCGACUUCGUGUCGGCUUUCCAUGGCGGCUCGGAGACAACUUUCGAUAGAACGCACCCUCGAGACAAUGCUUACCGUGACAG